CAAUGGACGCGGGAGCAAGGGUCUCCUUUGAGAAGGGAGUAGCCCGGUUCGAGAUGGGAGGUGUGGUGAAAAUGGAGGCGGUACAACAUGGGGAGUUGUGGGAGAUUGUGACGGUGAAGAAGGCGCAGGCAUUCGUGGCGGUGAAGGGCCCGGCCAAAACGGGGUUUCGCUUUGGAGAGGCGGCAAGGAAGCCGCCGGUAGUUGCGGAGAGAAAGCGGAUGGAGGUGAAGCCGGUCGAGUUCAUUGAGGUUGAUCUUGAGUCGGACGAUGAGUCGGACGACGGGCCCGUAAAGGAGUCCCAACCGAUAGAGGCGAGCGUUGGGGAGACAAUGAUCGCUGAGCACGGCACAACGGAAGCGUGGGAGCCGCAGCAGAAGGCGUGGGAGCACGGGCGGACAUAG